GUGACACUAACUAGUUUUACAUUACCGAUACUGGAAUAAAAAUACUAUCGUAAAGAAUAAAUGAAAAACGAUUUAUUUGAGUAGUAUCAAGAUUUUAAAACAAACUUGUGUUUAUACGGUUAGUGUAUGUUUGUUAAAUAUAAAGUCGUUUUGGAUAUAAAAAGGCUGCGUGAGAUUGUAGUGGAAGCGUCUAAGGUGUAAAUGUUGAACAUCAGCGGCGAUAGGACCAAUCCUUGGGAGAAGAUGUGUACGAAAAAUUGAACUCACCAAAAAAUUCUCACAAAGAUGAGCCGUAAAUCAGUUUACAAUGAAGAAAAUAAACCAGAAGUACAGGAAGUGACCUAUGUUGGUGAAGAAACUGAAUGUGAACAUGAACUUAAACCUGAAAAUGAACCUAAAAAAAGUAACACAUUAUUCUUAUAUUGCACGAUAAUAUUGUUACAAAUUCCGGUAUUUACUGCUGGGUCACACGUAGUAUGGAAUUCUCCAGUUGUACCCAUGUUAAUGUCAAACGACAGUCAAAAAAAUCCUCUAGGAAGUCCAGCUACCACGGCAGAUAUAUCAGUGAUAGCAGGAAUGCCAGCUAUAUCAGGACUUAUUGGAUCGCUCAUAUUACCAAAGUUUGCAGAUGUUUUGGGACGAAAACUAUUUCUACAACUAACGGUUUCCAUGAUGUUAGUGGGAUACAUAAUAUUGACUUUUAGUACAACCGUAACAAUGAUGUUUAUUGCGAAGUUUAUAGCAGGCAUGUUUACUACUGGUGCACCAUCAGUUAUACCAAUUUAUAUUACAGAACUCUGUGAGGACCAUAACCGGGCAAAAUUUGGUUGUUUCAUGGGACUCUUUCUUCAACUUGGACAUUUUUAUACUUUUAUUGUAGGUCCUUUAUUUAGCUAUAGGAUGUUUAAUUUUCUUAUUUCGUCUCCACUCAUUCUAUUUUUAUUAUUAUUUAUAUUCUUCCCUGAAAGCCCUGUUUACUUGUUUUCCAAAGGAAAGCGAACCCAAUGUGAAAAAGUUUUAAGAAAACUUAGAAGUGAUAAAAGUAGCAACGAAAUCAGAAAUGAUAUAGAAAAGUUAGACGACGUUUUAAAAUCCAAACAGUAUAUUAAAAAAAGCUUUAAUCUUAUAACCCUAUUUAAGACUAAAGAGAGCCGAAUGGGGCUUUUUUUAGCUUUACUGCCAGUCACAGUGCAGCAUCUUUCGGGAGUUUCCGUAAUUAUAUCUUUCAUGGCCCCAUUCUUUGAUUCAGCAGGUACUGGCUUCUCUGGUUACAAAGUAGCUAUGAUUGUGUCCGUAGUUAAAAUAUCUUGUAUAAGUUUUACUUCAGCUAUAAUUGAACGAGUGGGUCGAAAGAGGAUGCUACUGAUUUCUGCACUGGGGACAGGGAUUCCUUUGUUUGUGUUAGGAUGGUUCUUCUAUUUAAAAUAUAUAAAUUCUCAAAUAAUUCAUCACCUUCAGUGGUUGCCUCUUUUAUUGGUGCUUUCGAACGUUGGAUUUUAUUCUCUCGGGCUGGGUCCAAUUCCAACAGCUAUCAUGCACGAAAUGUUUACUCCUGAGAAGAGAGCGGUUGCAGGAAGUUUUAUCAACACUUUUACUUGUUUACUUAUUUUUAGUUUAACUUCUACUUACCCCAUUAUCGCAGCCACUAUUGGAACUCAUUGGGCAGUGUGGUUAUACAGUGUUAGUUGUUUGGUAGGUGCAGGUAUGAUUUAUAAAUUUUUGCCACAGACUAAUGGUAAGAGUUUAAGUGAAAUUCAAGAACUUUUAAAACAAUAUUAGUUGUGUACAAUUUUAUUAAAUAAAAUAUUAGUAAAUUAUAA